AUGGUUUUCAUUUUAGUUACGUUCUGCUGCGCCUUUGCAGGCCUGGGCUCGUUCCUCUCUGGCUAUGACUCGGGUGUCAUCUCGUCGAGUAUUGAACAGGAUGCCUUUAUAGAACGAUUUGGGUCUCCCAAACUUUCUGACGCUGCCAGUGGAGGCAUCAUCUCGUCAUAUACCGGAGGUGCAAUUGUGGGGUCGCUACUCGCGCCCUAUAUCUCUGAUUCCCAUGGACGCAGAAUGGUGAUCUUUAUUGGCGGUUUCCUUGCCACUCUAGGUGCUGCACUUCAGGGAGGCGCAGUCAGCAUCGCCAUGCUAAUCGCCGGUCGAUUGAUCGCCGGGCUCGCCAUUGGCCUGAUGUCUGCCACAAUUCCCGUCUAUUGCAGUGAGAUUGCUCCGCCUCGCAUUCGUGGGUUGCUCGCAAGCAUGCAACAAUGGAUGAUUGGAGUGGGAAUUAUGGCUGCCCAAUGGGUCGGAUACGGCUGUUCACUACGCACAGGCGAAUUCACGUGGCGGUUCCCUCUAUCUUUGCAAACAGCGCCUGCUCUGAUUCUCGCUUGUGGCAUUUGGUUCCUCCCAGAGUCACCGCGCUGGCUGAUUGAAACUGGUAAAGAGCAGGCGGGCCGCUCUGUGUUGACCCGUCUGCAUCUGAACCGCGAUGCAACGAACAACCAGUUUAUCGAGCACGAACUCAACCAGAUCUACGAGAGCAUUUAUCAUAAGCAGCAAUCAGUAGUCCGCUCCUGGCGCCAUAUUUUACUCUCCAAACAAUGGCGCUAUCGAAUUCUUCUCGCAUGCGGCCUACAGGCAUUCACUCAAACCUCUGGCGCAAACGUGAUCCAGAACUACGGACCUAGGAUAUACAAAUCACUGGGACUGUCGACAUCCACUUCCUUCAUGAUGAUCGGAAUUUGGUGUGUGCUGGCAGUACUGUGGAACACGAUUUUCAUGCUCUUCAUCGACAAAGUCGGGCGGCGAAAGCUUCUAAUCCCAUCGCUGCUGGGCAUGGGAGCCGCCAUGUGCGUUGAAGCCACGCUCGCGCGGUACAUUGACUUUAGCGACAGCGAGGCCAACCGAGACGCACUCCGCGCAGCAAUUGCCAUGUUCUUCGUCUUUUCUUUCUUCUUCACCGGCCUUGGUCUGAUUUCUUGGAUCUAUCAGUCCGAGAUUUUCCCCACGGCAAUCCGAGCCCGUGGAUCAUCGGUGGCUACCGCAACGAACUGGAGUUUGAACUUGAUUUUUGCGCAGUGCUCCCCUGUUGCGCUCACGAGGAUUGGCUCUAACUACUUUUACUGUUUUGUUGGAUUCAACUGGGCUGCCGUCUUCCUGGUUUGGUUCUGGUAUCCAGAGACCGCUGGGCGGUCUCUUGAAGAGGUGGAAGAGGUGUUUAAAGAAGAGAAGGAUGAGCAGCCAGAACCCACAACUGGCGAGGUAAUCCGCGAGCGUGCGCCAUCUCGCUUGCAUGUCAAGGACAAGAGCAUGGAUCCUCUCUCCAUGCAUCCGACUACUACGACUGGCAGUUGGAGUAGCAAGAGCGGGUCUUCUCCAAAGUUAUGGAAUAAGAAACCGGAAGAAGCAUGA